UCACUGCGGCUGCCCUUCCCAAGAUGGCGCGGCUGCCCAGCUCCUCCCUCAGCAUCGCUUGCUUCACACCCGGUGCCCUGAGUCACUGAGAGGCGCUUUGCUUACCGGGAGAAGGAGGCCAGGAACUAGGCCAGGACGUGGAGGCCGCGAAGCCGCCGCUGCUAUGCCGGAGCUGGCCGUGGAGCGAGUGGUGGUCCACCCAUUGGUGCUGCUGAGCGUGGUCGAUCACUUUAACCGGAUAGGAAAAGUUGGAAAUCAGAAGCGAGUUGUGGGGGUUCUCUUGGGUUCGUGGCAGAAGAAGAUUUUGGAUGUCUCCAACAGCUUUGCAGUCCCCUUUGAUGAAGAUGAUAAAGACGACUCUGUGUGGUUUUUGGACCAUGACUAUCUGGAGAACAUGUAUGGGAUGUUCAAGAAAGUAAAUGCCAGGGAAAGAAUUGUGGGAUGGUACCACACAGGUCCCAAGCUGCACAAGAAUGACAUUGCUAUCAAUGAGUUAAUGAAAAGAUACUGCUCAAACUCGGUAUUGGUAAUUAUCGAUGUAAAGCCAAAGGACCUGGGGCUGCCCACUGAAGCCUACAUCUCUGUGGAAGAAGUUCACGAUGAUGGGACACCCACCUCUAAGACCUUUGAACAUGUGACCAGUGAAAUUGGAGCAGAAGAAGCGGAGGAAGUUGGGGUGGAGCACCUGCUACGGGAUAUUAAAGAUACCACUGUAGGCACCCUUUCUCAGCGCAUCACAAACCAGGUCCACGGCUUGAAGGGACUGAACUCCAAGCUUCUAGACAUCAGGAGCUACCUGGAGAAAGUGGCCAUGGGCAAACUUCCCAUCAACCACCAGAUCAUCUACCAGCUCCAGGAUGUCUUCAACCUGCUGCCUGACGUCAACUUGCAAGAGUUUGUCAAGGCCUUCUAUCUGAAGACCAAUGACCAGAUGGUGGUGGUCUACUUGGCUUCACUCAUUCGCUCUGUGGUUGCCCUCCACAACCUCAUAAACAACAAGAUCGCCAAUAGAGAUGCAGAGAAGAAGGAGGGGCAGGAGAAAGAGGAGAGCAAAAAGGAGAGGAAGGAUGAGAAAGACAAAGAUAAGGAGAAGAGUGAUGGCAAGAAAGAGGAGAAAAAAGAGAAGAAGUAGAGUAGGAUUUUGUAUUUGUAUAUUAAAACCUUGUAAACUGAA